GUGGUGGCCGUGCACGAGGUGGUGGGGCAGACUUCUAAUGGGAACGGGUUGUCCCGGGACAGAGCGGCUUUUAUGUAAACUACUUAUAUUCAAAAUUUCAACGAAUCUCCAUCUUCGGUCGCGUGGUGUAGUUGGUUAUCACGUUCGCCUAACACGCGAAAGGUCUCCAGUUCAAACCUGGACGCGAUCAUUUUUUGCUCAUAUUUUUUUUUCAAUUGCCAUUACUUUGCACCGCCCUUCCUCCUAUUUGCUUAUUUAGUAUUAGAUGGCACAAUAGGUCAAGUAGUAUGCGCGUCGCAUGUCAUUGGCUCGUACCUAUAAGACGAAGCUGAUAGAGGUGGACAUACGCGUUGAUAGGAA